AUCUUUUGCAACACUUCCUCUAAUUGUCAAGAUGACCGACUUGCUGUCCGUGGUGUCGGAGGCGGAGAGGAACUCCUUUCCAACCGUCUCUCAGCUCUCGGAAAACGGUCAGGACAGAACCCACUUUCUAGCCUAUUUUAUUGUACUGUAGAAAAUAUACGCUAAUAUAUAGCCCACCUUGCUGCAUCAUAACAACACCUAGGCUAUGCGCAUUUGUUUGCAAACUUUGUGCAAUUUACAAUCAAGGUGUGCAUGUCAUUUGAUUUAUGCUACAUUUUUUAAGCAUUUAGCUAUAUAAGCUAUUUUUAUUUUCUGAAAAUCGGUCUGAAAAUGUUCCCCUUUAUUCCAGACGUUGACAGCAUUUGGUCAAACGUGUCAUCUUUCGUGGAGAGACAGAUGACCUUGCAAAAGGUGAGAGCACUUCAGAAAGUAGCUAUAGCCAUAGUCAGUGGUCAGUCAGUUCAGCUAAACCUAGCAUAUGGCAAAGUAGGAUUUUUUUAGGAGGUUGAAGCACAUUUACUGCAUUUCAUUUAAAAACUCUAAAAUGCUAAUUGAAGAAUAGCAAAAACAAACUAAAUGACAUCAGACAUUAAUUAUCACCACAAUAUCAGGUUUGAAGGUCUGUGGAAAGGCCAUUAAUUAUCACCGCAAUAUCAGGUUUAAAGGUCUGUGGAACGGCCAUUAAUUAUCACAGCAAUAUCAGGUUUAAAGGUCUGUGGAAUGGCCAUUAAUUAUCACAGCAAUAUCAGGUUUAAAGGUCCGUGGAACCGCCAUUAAUUAUCACAGCAAUAUCAGGUUUAAAGGUCUGUGGAAUGGCCAUUAAUUAUCACCAGCAAUAUCAGGUUUAAAGGUCUGUGGAACGCCAUUAAUUAUCACUGCAAUAUCAGGUUUAAAGGUCUCAAGUAAAAGUGAAAGUCACCCAGUAAAAUACUACUUGAGUAAAAGUCUAAAAUAUUUGGUUUUAAAUAUAGUUAAGUAUGAAAAGUAAAUGUAAUUGCUAAAAUAUACUUAAGUAUCAAAAGUAAAAGUAAAAGUAUAACUCAUUUUACAUUCCUUAUAUUAAGCAAACCAGAGGGCACCAUUUUCUUGUUUUAUUAUUUUACGGAUAGCCAGGGGCACACUCCAACACUCAGACAUAAUUUACAAUUGAAGCAUUUGUGUUUAGUGAGUCCGCCAGAUCAGAGACAGUUGGGAUGACCAGGGAUGUUCUCUUAAUAAGUGUGUGAAUUGGAAAAAAUGUCUGUCCUGCUAAGCAUUCGAAAUGUAACUAGUACUUUUGGGUGUCAGGGAAAAUGUAUGGAGUAAAAAGUACAUUAUUUUCUUUAGGAAUGUAGUGGAGUAAAAGUAAAAGUUGUCAAAAAUAUGAAUAGUAAAGUAAAGUACAGAUACCCCCCAAAAACGACUUAAGUACUACUUUAAAGUAUUUUUACUUAAGUACUUUACUCCACUGGCAUUGAAAUAAAAGGCAUAGCCUACAUCAGACUUACUUACAGUAGGCUUACAAUCGACAGGGACGCAUGAAGAGAAACUCGACUAAAGAAUGACGAAAAUCACGAAAUACAAAAGGAAAAUCUACACAUGCCUUUUUAAAGGGCGCUAAGGCCACGCCCGUGAUUCAGCACCGCUGAAUGGACAGCGCCUCGGUACAGGCAUUGUGGAGCUCCGUGACGUGGUGAUGAAUGGACAGCGCCUCUGUCUAGCAGCCAGCUACAGUGCAUUCGGAAAGUAUUCCGACCCCUUCCCUUUUUCCACAUUUUGUUACAUUACAGCCUUAAUCUAAAAUGGAUUAGAUAUUUUUUUUCUCAUCAGUCUACACACAAUACCCCAUAAUGACAAAGCAAAAACAGAAAUAUCUUAUUUACAUAUGAAUUCAGAAACUUUGCUAUGAGACUCGAAAUUGAGCUCAGGUGCAUCCUGUUUCCAUUGAUGAUCCUUGAGAUGUUUCUACAACUUGAUUGGAGUCCACCUGUGGUAAAUUAAAUUGAUUGGACAUGAUUUGUAAAGGCACACACCUGUCCAUAUAAGGUCCCACAGUUGACAGUGCAUGUCAGAGCAAAAACCAAGCCAUGAGGUCGAAGGAAUUGUCCGUAGAGCUCCGAGACAGGAUUGUGUCUAGGCACAGAUCUGGGGAAGGGUACCAAAAAAUGUCUGCAGCAUUGAAGGUCCCCAAGAACACAGUGGCCUCCAUCAUUCUUAAAUGGAAGAAGUUUGGAACCACCAAGACUCUUCCUAGAGCUGGCCGCCCAGCCAAACUGAGCAAUUGGGGGAGAAGGGCCUUGGUCAGGGAGGUGACCAAGAACCCGAUGGUCACUCUGACAGAGCUCCAGAGUUCCUCUGUAGAGAUGGGAGAACCUUCCAGAAGGACAACUAUCUCUGCAGCACUCCACCAAUCAGGCCUUUAUGGUAUAGUGGCCAGACGGAAGCCACUCCUCAGUAAAAGACACAUGACAGCCCGCUUGGAGUUUGCCAAAAGGCACCUAAAGGACUCUCAGACCAUGAGAAAUAAGAUUCUCUGGUCUGAUGAAACCAAGAUUGAACAUUUUGGCCUGAAUACCAAGCGUCACGUCUGGAGGAAACCUGGCACCAUCCCUACGGUGAAGCAUGGUGGUGGCAGCAUCAUGCUGUGGGGAUGUUUUUCUGGGAGACUAGUCAGGAUCGAGGGAAAGAUGAACGGAGCAAAGUUCAGAAAGAUCCUUGAUGAAAACCUGUUCCAGAGCGCUCAGGACCUCAGACUGGGGCGAAGGUUCACCUUCCAACAGGACAACUACCCUAAGUACACAGCCAAGACAACGCAGGAGUGGCUUCGGGACAAGUGACUGAAUGUCCUUGAGUGAUUCAGCCAGAGCCCUGACUUGAACCCGAUCGAACAUCUCUGGAGAGACCUAAAAAUAGCUGUGCAGUGACGCUCCCCAUCCAACCUGACCGAGCUUGAGAGGAUCUGCAGAGAAGAAUGGGAGAAACUCCCCAAAUACAGGUGUGCCAAGCUUCUAGCAUCAUACCCAAGAAGACUCGAGGCUGUAAUCGCUGCCAAAGGUGCUUCAACAAAGUACUGAGUGAAGGGUCUGAAUACUUAUGUAAAUGUAAUAUUUCAGUUAAAAAUAUAUAAAUUGGCAAACAUUUCUAAAAACCUGUUUUUGCUUUGUCAUUAUGGGGUAUUGUGUGUGGAUUGAUGAGGGAAAUGUAAUCAAUUUUAGAAUAAGGCUGUAAUGUAACAAAAUCUGGAACAGGUCUGAAUACUUUCCGAAUGCACUGAAUGUAAUUAUUUCGUUUGUGGGCAGUUCGAAGUGUUUUGGGCACAGUUAGAUAGCCUACAAUGCAUAUAUGAAAAUCAUAACUGGUACGCAGAUCUUUAGAAAUGGUAGGAUCAAUUGUAAAUUGGCGCUCCACAUGAAAAAGGUUUGCCGAUCCCCGCUAUAGGCUGUAUGAAGCCACCCUUGUGGAACGGCGAGGCCUACAGUGUACCAUGACAGUGUCAUUGUCUCGUGUGCUUCCCACCAACAUUGUCUCGUUGCGUUGCAUUCAGAGAUGUUCCUCAUGUGUGCGCCCAGUUCAUUUUUGCAUUUUAAUUCAUCGCCAGGGAAGGGAAACAUUCUGCGAAUAUUGAAACAUUGUAUCAACAAGGGGGCUCCGAGAAUAUUGAUUGCAACGUAGUAGCCAAAGAAGGGGCCGCUCCCGCAUUUUCCCUCCCGUGAACUAUUAUGUUGCUUGAGCAGUUGGAUUAUCUGGGUGUUUAUUAUAGUUAAAAAACAACCUUACAUCUUCACUAUAGCUAAAUAAGUUAGCAAUAUUUAAUGACGUUUUGCCAACAAGAUGGAUCUGUAAAAAUAUCUCAUUUUAAUUGAGGAAGAUGGACAAGCAAGAUUGAUAGAGUGAGAGGUGGAAAUGCAUGAUUCCAGAGGCAGGUAGGCUACAGGAAGGGACGAUGAAGUAGGUCUACAGCAAGACGUUAUGUCAAUUAUCAUUCACUCACUGUAUGACAAUGUACAUUUGUUAUAGCCUACAAUUGUUAUUGUCUUUGAAGCCAAUAACAGGACAUGUAUUUUAGGGAAAUGCUCUAAAUAACAAGUUGUUCAGUUGUGUUUAUUUUCAUAGCAAUACAUGAAACCAAAAUUGCACUAGCCUACAGGGCAAAUGAAUACAAAUAUCAAUUAGGCCUACAACUAUCACAGCCUAUAUUUUAAUAGCAAUAAAAUAGCUUUUGAUUUCGAAUGGUCACCAAAAAAACGACGGCUCCCUCACCUCCCAAUUCCCAAUUCAAUUAACCCCUGGCUAUCAGAUUACAACAAGGCUUACAAGGCCGAGUUCAAAUGCCGACAUCAAUCUCAAAGCAAUCGGCGCACUGCCUAAACGGCUGACUGGCAAAGAAAACGGGCACUGUCUCUGCUUUCUGAAAGUGAGAGGAAAAGGGCACAGGGUGCCAGCUGCUCUCUGAGCGAUGCUAGUCAGCCAGUAAAGCCAGCCAGUCAGCCAAUACGGUAAACAGCUGUUGCAUUUUAAUUGGGAUUGGAAUGAUUUCAGUCAACUCUUUUUGUUGUUGCUUACUUUACAUUUUUGGUAUUGUAUUGUGUGUGUGUGUGUAUUGUGUGUGUGUAUUGUGUGAGUGUGUAUUGUGUGAGUGUGUAUUGUGUGUGUGUGUGUAUUAUGUGUGUGUGUGUGUGUGUUGUGUGAUUGUGUAUUGUGUGAGUGUGUAUUGCGUGAGUGUGUAUUGUGUGUGUGUAAUAUGUGUGUGUGUGUGUGUGUAUUGUGUGUGUGUGUAUUGUGUGUAUUGUGUGUGUGUGUAUUAUGUGUGUGUGUAUGUGUAUUAUGUGUGUGUGUGUGUGUGUGUAUUGUAUGUGUGUGUGUGUAUUGUAUGUGUGUGUGUAUUGUGUGUGUGUGUAUUGUGUGUGUGUGUUUGUGUGUGUUGUGUUGUGUGUGUGUGUGUGUAUUGUGUGUGUGUGUAUUGUGUGUGUGUGUAUUAUGUGUGUGUGUGUGUGUAUUAUGUGUGUGUGUGUAUGUGUGUGUGUAUUGUGUGUGUGUGUGUGUAUUAUGUGUGUGUGUGUAUUGUGUGUGUGUGUAUAAUGUGUGUGUGUAUUAUGUGUGUAUUGUGUGUGUGUGUAUUGUGUGUGUGUGUAUUGUGUGUGUGUGUGUAUAUUAUGUGUGUGUAUUGUGUGUGAGUGUGUAUUGUGUGUGUGUGUGUGUAUUGUGUGUGGCGACUCCCCUGGUCAUAGAGGAUGACUAUAAACUCUGAAAUUGGACUAUUUUACAUGUAACAUAGAUUUGAAGCUGGCAACUAUUCUAUGGCCUGAUUUUCAGUGAGAUUAAGAAAUCUUUCAGCUCUGAGGAAAGUUAGGCUAGGCAUUAGGAAAGUGAACAUGACAUAUCAUAAAUAGUAGAGGCGUUACCAUGACGUCCUUCAGCUAUAGUCAUCAUCAGGUCUAGGAGAACUGGUUGAGAACUUGUUGUUUGUGUCUGUCUGUCUGUCUGUCUGUCUGUCUGUCUGUCUGUCCAGGGGGUCUACAUCCCAGGCCUGGGAACCUUCACCUUCUCUCAGCAGAAGCUGGACGUAGGCAACAAGUUUGUUUUGAUCCAGCGACCCAUCUUCCUGCUCUCUGAGAAGCUGUCCCAGUCACACGGCCUCAAGCAGGUCAAACCGCUGUCUGCAGGUGAGUGGCGAUGGGCCAAGCACACACACACACACACACACACACACACACACACACACACACACACAUGAGUACGCACACAGACACACACACACAUACACAAUACACACUCAUACAAUACACACACACAAUACACACACACACAUAGACACAUAGACACACAGACACACAGACACACACACACACACGGACACACAGACACACAGACACGCAAACACACACAGACACACACAAGACAUCUUCUGUCAAUGCUGGCGCGCUUAUGUGAGCGACCGCAGAUAUCAAGCCUGAGUUGUGUGUCUGUGUGCUAUACAAUAUUGUUCUGAUAGCCCGCUGAGCUAAAGCCUAGGCAUUAACUUGGGGAACGAAUGCAAUUCUUCAGGUCCCAGGAAAGCGGUUUAAAUGUUAAUCAUCCCACAAAUGUGGUUUGUUUAAUGAACCACUUCCAGUAUGUUACACUGAGACCAGCAAUGUGUCCCAUAGAAACAGUAUGUUACACUGAGACCAGCAAUGUGUCCCAUAGAAACAGUAUGUUACACUGGUAUAAUGUGUCCCAUAGAAACAGUAUGUUACACUGGUAUAAUGUGUCCCAUAGAAACAGUAUGUUACACUGAGACCAGCAAUGUGUCCCAUAGAAACAGUAUGAUGAAAGGGAAUGAAUGAGAAAACCCUGUGUGUCUAGAUCCAGGUGUUGCUUUUAGCAGGAACAACACAAUAACCGUCCGUCCGUUCUAGUCAUUGCAUUUCCGUGUGUGUGCCUGUGCCAUCCAUCUGUCUGUCCGUCAUCACUGCAGGGGAUGUGCCACUGGUCCAGCUCAACUAUACAGCCCUGUCUGUGGAGAGCCUGUUGGGAAUGGAAUAGAGAUAGAUAUCUUGGUGUUAAUGUGUCUGUCUGUGGAGAGCCUGUUGGGAAUGGAAUAGAGAUAGACAUCUUGGUGUGCCUGAUCCAUAUCCAACCCAGGUUGUCUGUCUAUGAACGACUGUGUUAGUCCGCUGAGCUAAAGCCUAUAGCUUUAACUUGGAUAACUAACACAACUCUUCAGGUCUCAGACAAGCGGGUUAAUUAUCACAGGAAUCCAUUACACUAGCACUAGGAAUGUGUGCCAUCCAUCUGUCAUCACAGCAGGGGACGUGCCAGUGGUCCAGCUCAACUUCACAGCCCUGUCUGUGGAGAGCCCGUUUGAGCGUCACGUGGUGGAGGGCUGUGUGAGAGAGACUCUGCUGGUGUUGCUGAGAGCCGUUGCCGCCGGACGCUCAGUCCUCUUCACCGUCCACGCCAUCGGAGAGCUGUCGUUCUGCCAGAGCAAAGUCAAGAUGAAGUUCUACCACGACUUUGUCACCGCCAUGGACGGCAGCGGGAAGCUGCUCCGGGCUCUCUCCAAUGUCAGUAGGGUGGAUUAGAUAUGUAAUGUAGAUAGUGUGUGUGUGGGGGAUGGGGAUUGGGUGGCGGUAGGGUGUGUGUGUGUGUGUGUGUGUGUACAGUAUGUGUGUGUUUGUACAGUAUGUGUGUGUUUGUGUGUGUUUGUCUGUGUGUGUGUGCGUGCAUGCGAGAGACAGAGAGAGAGCAGGUGUGUAUGAUUGUACAAGUGCAUCUGCGUUUGUAUUUGUGUUGAUGUCAAUCCUCCCUACUCCACUCUCUAUCCCAGAGACCUGGCACCAGCAACUCUCUCCUGUUUGGGAGAGGAUCCAGUAUACAGGGACCAGGGACCAGCAACACCAUCAUCCUCCCUAAGAUCUCCUCCGAACAGCGGGGGAAGGACUGGGGAGAGGAGGCCCCAGCCCAGGUCCAGACAAACUCAGACAGGAAGGAGGAGAAUGGUGGUGAGGGAGAGACAGUGGUGUAAUCUGGUCCUCUUAAAACCUUAAGGGUUUUUAUGGCCAAAUCUUGACGAUGGUUUGUAGUCUCUGUGGAUAUGUUUGGGCUCCUUGACUGAAACCCUGUGUUGGCUCCCUGACCUGAUAACCCUGGUUGGGCUCCCUUGACUUGAUAACCUGUGUUGGGCUCCCUUGACCUUGAUAACCCUGUGUUGGGCUCCCUUGACCUUGAUAACCCUGUGUUGGGCUCCCUUGACCUUGAUAACCCUGUGUUGGGCUCCCUUGACCUUGAUAACCCUGUGUUGGGCUCCCUUGACCUUGAUAACCCUGUGUUGGUCCUUGACUUGAUAACCCUGUGUUGGGUCCCUUGAACUGAUAACCCUGUGUUGGGUCCUUGACAUGAUAACCCUGUGUUGGGCUCCUGACUUGAUAACCCUGUUUGGGCUCCCUUGACUUGAUAACCCUGUGUUGGGCUCCCUUGACCUUGAUAACCCUGUGUUGGGCUCCCUUGACCUUGAUAACCCUGUGUUGGGCUCCCUUGGACCUUGAUAACCCUGUGUUGGGCUCCCUUGACCUUGAUAACCCUGUGUUGGGCUCCCUUGACCUUGAUAACCCUGUGUUGGGCUCCCUUGACCUUGAUAACCCUGUGUUGGGCUCCCUUGACCUUGAUAACCCGUGUGGAACAUACUAAGCUACAUAUUACCGUUAUAUGGUGGCGUCCCGCUCUAUUCUCCCCUUGUAUGUUACCAUGUUACCCAGAUGCGGGCUCCCUUGACCUGAACCCUGGCCCAGCAGUUAAGGGCUCUCACUUGACCUUGAAACCUCCAGCAGUGGACACACUACUACUGUACUUUCGGCCUCAAUGCUAACCGCAGCUAUUGUCGGCCUCCCUGCUAACCCCAGCUAUUGUAGGCCUCACUGCUAACCCCAGCUAUUGUCGGCCUCACUGCUAACCCCAGCUAUUGUCGGCCUCAAUGCUAACCCAGUUAUUGUCGGACUCACUGCUAACCCCAGCAUUGUCGGCCUCACUGCUAACCCCAGCUAUUGUCGGCCUCAAUGCUAACCCCAGCUAUUGUCAGCCUCAAUGCUAACCCAGCUAUUGUCGGCCUCAAUGCUAACCCCAGCUAUUGUCGGCCUCCUGCUAACCCCAGCUAUUGUCGGCCUCAAUGCUAACCCCAGCUAUUGUCGGCCUCAAUGCUAACCCCAGCUAUUGUCGGCCUCAAUGCUAACCCCAGCUAUUGUCGGCCUCCUGCUAACCCCAGCUAUUGUCGGCCUCCCUGCUAACCCCAGCUAUUGUUGGCUCAAUGCUAACCCCAGCUAUUGUCGGCCUCACUGCUACAUAUCCCACUGCCAUGGUGGACUCAUGUAACCCCAGCUAUCCGUGGCACCUCUACCAUGUUAUGUCGGCCUCAUCUAAAGUAGUGCCUACCACAUGCUAACCCAGCUUUGGCGCCUCAUGACUAACCGCAGACUAUUGUCGGCCCUCAAGCUGUAACCCCAGUCUAUGGUGGCCUCUCUAACCUGUUAAUCCGGACAGACCAAACCCUGUUCGGCUCACUCUAACCCAGCUUUGUCAGGCACCAAACCCUGGCUAACCCCAUAGACUUUAUCGGCUACACACUAAACCCAGCUAUGUCGCCUCUGCUAAACCGAACCAGACUACCAAUAACCUGUGGCUCUCUCUAACCCAGCUAAUGUCGGCCUAAUGCUAACACAACCCGGUUGUCUUCGCUCUAACUGUUAAUCAGACAGUAACACCAGACCUGGUUGCUCUCUCCCAAUCCUGUUAAUCCAGACAGAACUAAAUGGUUGCGCUCUCCUCUAAACCAGCUAUGUCGGACUCCAAUGCUAACCAACAACCUAUUGUUGGCUCUCCUGCUAACCUGUUAAUCCAGGACCAGUAACACAAAACCCUGCGUUGGUGCUCCUCAAACUGUACCAAGACAUAACACAACUGGUUGGUCUCCCUCUAAGACCCCGUUAUAUGCCAGGACUCCUAGUAACACAAGACCCUGGUUGGUCUCUCCUCUAACCAGCUGUUAAUCCAGACAGUAACACAAACCCUGGUUGCUCUCUCCACUAAACCUGUUAAUCAAGACAGUAACACAAAACCCUGGUUGGUCUCUCCUCUAAACCUGUUAAUCCAAGACAGUAACACAAAACCCUGGUUGGUCUCUCCUCUAAAGCUGUUAAUCCAGGACAGUAACACAAGACCCUGGUUGGUCUCUCCACUAAACCUGUUAAUCCAGGACAGUAACACAAAACCCUGGUUGGUCUCUCCUCUAAACCUGUUAAUCCAGGACAGUAACACAAAACCCUGGUUGGUCUCUCCUCUAAACCUGUUAAUCCAGGACAGUAACACAAAACCCUGGUUGGUCUCUCCUCUAAACCUGUUAAUCCAGGACAGUAACACAAAACCCUGGUUGGUCUCUCCUCUAAACCUGUUAAUCCAAGACAGUAACACAAAACCCUGGUUGGUCUCUCCUCUAAACCUGUUAAUCCAGGACAGUAACACAAAACCCUGGUUGGUCUCUCCUCUAAACCUGUUAAUCCAGACAGUAACACAACACCCUGGUUGGUCUCUCCAAAUCCAAGACAGUAACACAAAACCCUGGUUGUUCUCUCCACUAAACCUGUUAAUCCAGGACAGUAACACAAAACCCUGGUUGGUCUCUCCUCUAAACCUGUUAAUCCAGGACAGUAUCACAACACCCUGGUUGGUCUCUCCUCUAAACCUGUUAAUCCAGGACAGUAUCACAACACCCCACUCCCAGCCUACGGCGGAUUGCAUAAUGUAACAGAAAACCAGUUUGGAAACAAGUGUUUUAAUCAGCACUUCUAAGUGCUAUCCUCUAGGGAUCCAAUGUACAGUUGAAGUCAGAAAUGUACUUACACCUUAGCCAAAUACAUUUAAACUCAGUUUUUCACAAUUACUGACAUUUAAUCCUAGUAAAAAUUCCCUGUCUUAGCUUUUAUCCAAAGCGACUUACAGUCAUGUUUGCAUACCUUUUUACGUAUGGGUGGUACCGGGGAUCGAACCCACUACCCUGGCGUUACAAGUGCCAUUCACUACCAAUUGAGCUACAGAGGACCACCAUAAUAGUAGAUAUAAUUAUUUAUUUAAGCUUUUAUUUAUUUCAUCAAAUUCCCAGUGGGUCAGAAGUUUACAUACACUCAAUUAGUAUUUGGUAGCAUUGCCUUUAAAUUGUUUAACUUGGGUCAAACAUUUCGGGUAGCCUUCCACAAGCUUCCCACAAUAAAUUGGGUGAAUUUUGGCCCAUUCCUCCUGACAGAGCUGGUGUAACUGAGUCAGGUUUGUAGGCCUCCUUGCUCACACACGCUUUUUCAGUUCUGCCCUCAAAUGUUCUAUAGGAUUGAGGUCAGGGCUUUGUGAUGGCCACUCCAAUACCUUGACUUUGUUGUCCUUAAGCCAUUUUGCCACAACUUUGGAAGUAUGCUUGGGGUCAUUAUCCAUUUGGAAGACCCAUUUGCGACCAAGCUUUAACUUCCUGACUGAUGUCUUGAGAUGUUGCUUCAAUAUAUCCACAUAAUUUUCCUUCCUCAUGAUGCCAUCUAUUUUGUGAAGUGCACCAGGCCCUCCUGCAGCAAAGCACCCCCACAGCAUGAUGCUGCCACCCCCGUGCUUCACGGUUGGGAUGGUGUUCUUCGGCUUGCAAGCUCCCCCUUUUUCCUCCAAACAUAACGAUGGUCAUUAUGGCCAAACAGUUAUAUUUUUGUUUCAUCAGACCAGAGGACAUUUCUCCAAAAAGUAAGAUCUUUGUCCCAUGUAUGAACCAGACUUGUGGAGGUCUACAAUUCUUUUUCUGAGGUAUUGGCUUAUUUAUUUUGAUAUUCCCAUGAUGUCAAGCAAAGAGGCAAUGAGUUUGAAGGUAGGCCUUGAAAUACAUCCACAGGUACACCUCCAAUUGACUCAAAUGAUGUCAAUUAGCCUAUCAGAAGUUUCUAAAGCCAUGACAUCAUUUCCUGGAAUUUUCCAAGCUGUUUAAAGGCACAGUCAACUUAGUGUAUGUAAACUUCUGACCCACUGGAAUUGUGAUACAGUGAAUUAUAAGUGAAAUAAUCUGUCUCUAAACAAUUGUUGGAAAAAUUACUUGUGUCAUGCACAAAGUAGAUGUCCUAACCGACUUGCCAAAACUAUAGUUUGUUAACAAGAAAUUUGUGGAGUGGUUGAAAAACGAGUUUUAAUGACUCCAACCCAAGUGUAUGUAAACUUACGACUUCAACUGUAUAUCUAGUUGUAUAUGUUUUUCCCAAUAAUAAGUUAAAUUCAGUGAGUAACCUGGUAUGAGACCUGAAGAAUUGCAUUAGCUCUAUGACCCAAAAAUAAGUUAAAUUCAAUGAGUAGCCUUGACUAAGACCUGAAGACUUGUGUUAGCUCUCUGACCCAAUACCUAGGCUAUGUCCAAAUGAUCUCUCCUUCCUCCCAAAGUGUGCAACUUGUUCACUUCCCUUCACUGAUUUGAAAGGAAAAGACUGGUGUACGAAAUAUGGUGGAAACUCCCACUAGCCCCAUGCCUCCAACUCAAUGCUUUUAGAUUUAUGGGUAGUGAACAAGUUUCGCAGGAGCUAUUAUUGGAACGCACCCCUGGGCAAUCUGCAGGAGUCUAGGAGAGGGUACUUGUGUUACUGUCCUGGGGCAGUAGCUCCAUGAAUGAUGCAGCGCUCCCUGUGUGGGACAGUCCCUCACCUGUCACCACCUGAUCAUUCAGCCAGUGAGCCCUGAGCUGAGGGCCCUGAGGUUUGGCCUGCCCUGUACCCCCCACAGCGGCCCCGUGGCCCUGGGCUCUGAAACUAAACCCCUCUGGACGUUCCUCCGUCCAUACAGACACUGUCUGCAUCCCAAAUGGCACCCUUUUCCCUAUAUAGUGCACUACUUUUGGUCAAACGUAGUGCACUAUGGGAAUAGGGUGCCAUUUGGGGUACAUAACCAGAAGUAUUUUGGUCCCCCAAGACUGCGGUCGAAUAGCCCCUGAGCUGAAAGAUAACCCAGGACUGCGGUCGAAUAGCCCCUGAGCUGAAAGAUAACCCAGGACUGCGGUCGAAUAGCCCCUGAACUGAAAGAUAACCCAGGACUGCGGUCGAAUAGCCCCUGAGCUGAAAGAUAACCCAGGACUGCUAUCUGUUUCCAACCUGCUGUCCUGUAGGUCCACAGUGUCUAUCCUACCACUGCAGGGCGCUGCUCUGAAGCAGGGGAAGGUGAAGAGGGGGGACUCUCACCUGGACGUUCCCUGUGUCGACCACAACCGGGCUGGACAGGUGUGUGUGUGUGUGUGUGUGUGUGCCGGACACUCUGCUUUUGUGAGUGUGUGUGAGGGGUAUAAAUCAAUCAAUCAAUUCAUCAAUCAAUCAAUAACUGUGUGUUUCCCUAUAGGAGUUGUUACCUGUGUAUACAGUAUAACAUCACCUAUCCUUCCCUAUAGGAGUUGUUACCUGUGUAUACAGUAUAACAUCACCUAUCCUUCCCUAUAGGAGUUGUUACCUGUGUAUAUAACAUCACCUAUCCUUCCCUAUAGGAGUUGUUACCUGUGUAUAUAACAUCCCCUAUCCUUCCCUAUAGGAGUUGUUACCUGUGUAUAUAACAUCCCCUAUCCUUCCCUAUAGGAGUUGUGUUACCUGUGCAUGCAGCGUGCCCAGCGUAACAUCCCCCAUUACCUGGCAGAAGAGAGGCUGAGGGAACAGCAGGAGGAGGAGAGGGUGUUACUGCUCAACGAGCAGCGCAGAGACCAGUGCUACCUGCAGAGGGAGCAGGUGAGGCCAACACCACUCUGAUGAUGCUCUGACCAUGAGAUGAGGAACAUGUUACAUGUUGUCUUUUAUUCUGUGUCUUGGAAUGAUAAAUAGACAGAAUAGUCCUGGACUACAAACCAAUGGAAAGUCUGCAUUUGUACUUCUGUUUUAGUCCUGCAGUCAGAUUAAACUCAGUAGUCAGAUUAAACUCAGUAGUCAGAUUAAACUCAGUAGUGAGGUGACACUGAGCCUGUGUGUGGUCCCUCUGUGUGUGUGUGUGUGUGUGUGUGUGUGUGUGUGUGUGUGUGUGUGUGUGUGUGUGUGUGUGUGUUGUGCUUGUGUGUGGUGUGUGGUGUGUGUAUUUGUGAUGUGGUGUGGUGGUGUGUGUAUCUGUGAUGUGGGUGUGGUGGUGUGUGUAUCUGUGAUGUGGUGUGGUGGUGUGUGUAUCUGUGAUGUGGUGUGGUGGUGUGUGUAUCUGUGAUGUGGUGUGGUGGUGUGUGUAUCUGUGAUGUGGUGUGGGUGGUGUGUGUAUCUGUGAUGUGGUGUGGUGGUGUGUGUAUCUGUGAUAUGGUGUGGUGGUGUGUGUAUCUGUGAUGAUGGUGUGGUGGUGGUGUGUAUUCUGUGAUGUGGUGUGGUUGUGUGUGUGUAUCUGUGAUAUGGUGUGGUGGUGUGUGUAUCUGUGAUGUGGUGUGUGUGUGUAUCUGUGAUGUGGUGUGGUGGUGUGUGUAUCUGUGAUGUGGUGUGUGUGUGUAUCUGUGAUAUGGUGUGGUGGUGUGUGUAUCUGUGAUGGUGUGUGGUGUGUGUAUCUGUGAUGUGGUGUGUGUGUGUGUGUGUGUGUGUUAGGCGGACCGUCUGGAGAAACGUGAGAACAACCAGAAGGUGGCAGCGUUCAACCUGGGAGUGUCUGAAGCCAUGAAGGAGAAGAAGGUUGCUCGCUCCUCCCACUUCCAUGUGAGCCCAGGCCUUGUCCAAUCAGCACACUGUUCCUCAGGGGGUUUAAAUAUUCUAGAGUUCAAAUGGUUCACGGCUUUUCAGUUGCUGCAUUUAGCAUGCAUAGGUCUAUGCACAGUUGCAACACUUAGCCAAUGGUCUAAAGCAGGGCUGCCCAACCCUCUUCCUGGAGAUAUACUGUCCUGUAGGUUUUCAGUCCAACCCUAAUUUAGCAUAUCUGAUUCAGCUAGUUAAGGUCUUGUUGAGCAGCUAAUAAGUAGAAUCAGGUGUGUUAAAUUAGGGUUGAACUGAAAACCCACAGGACGGUAGAUGUACAGGAAGAGGGUUGGACUGAAAACCCACAGGACGGUAGAUGUACAGGAAGAGGGUUGGACUGAAAACCCACAGGACGGUAGAUGUACAGGAAGAGGGUUGGGCAGCCCUGGUGUAAACUAAUCAAUUAAUGAUGUUGUGAUGAUGUUGAACCCCCCCACUCACACACACCUCCUCCCCCCCACAGGGUUCGUACAUCUUCGGGGGCCGUCCCCUCACCCCUCCCAGGGUCCAUAAGCAGCGCGGCUACAUGAAGGAUCUGCGGGCCCAGGCGGAGUGGAGGGAGGACCAGGUCAGCAUGACUCAGCAGGAUCAGGAGCUCAUCGACCUGCUACACCAGGUCCAGCUGGCACAGGAGUAGGUGAUGGCACCCCAUUCCCUGUGUAGUGCACUACUCUGUUUUCUCCAGGGCUCUUCAGUGCACUAUAAAGGGAGUAGGGUGCCACAUCAAUAUGUUUGUCUAAGAGGAAGUGCACUUGUUGCCAUGCAGCCAUGUAAACAGGCCUGUGGUCUCUGCUGUACAUACAGAAGGCUGUGGUCAUUGUACAGCCUAUUGCUCAGUUUCUACAGUGUGUGAAUAGCUGUUGUGUGUCACAGAAUCACCUUGCAUAAGUCCCAGCAACUCCACCUGAAACAGAAGAACACUAGCUGCUACAAGAAAUCCCUGGAUAUACAGGUAAGAGGCUAUACUACAAUAUAUUCUAUAGCAUACCUAACAGACCAUACCUACCAGACCAGACCUACCAGACCUACCAGACCAGACCAGACCUACCAGACCAUACCUACCAGACCAGACCUACCAGACCCUACCUACCAGACCUAACAGACCCUACCUACCAGACCUACCACCAGACCUACCAGACCAGACCUACCAGACCAUACCUACCAGACCCUACCUACCAGACCUACCAGACCAGACCUAACAGACCCUACCUACCAGACCUACCAGACCAGACCUACCAGACCAGACAUAACAGACCCUACCAGACCAGACCUACCAGAUCAGACCCACCAGACCAGACUUACCAGACCAUACUUACCAGACCUACCAGACCAGACCAUACCUACAAGACCAUACCUACCAGACCUACCACCACCCACCACCAUACCUACCGACCAUACCUACCAGACCUACCAGACACCAGACCUACCACCACCUACGACCAUACCAUACUACCAGACAUACCUACCAGACAGACCUACCACCUACCUACCAGACCUACUACCAGACCUACCAGACAGACCUACCAGACCACCACCAUAGACCAACCUACCAGAGACAGACCUACCAGACCAACCUAUCAACCACCAACAGACUACCACCAGACCCAGACCUAACCAACCAGCCUAGACCAGACCUACCCAGACCACCAGACCUACAACUACCUAGAAAAAAAAUACCUACAGACAACCUACCAGACCAGACCUACAGACCAGACCUACAAUAAAGAAGGAUAGUCGAGCUAGCCGAAACUACAUACAGACGAAGACCCCAGAGAAUAAAGGAGGAAGAGGAGGUAAAAUGCAUGGUAAAGAAGGAUAGUCGAGCUAGACAUGAACUACAUAAAGACGAACAACAGAGAGAUAAAGGAGGAGAGUGCACAACAGCUCCUCUGUGGUGUCUAUUUCUAGUCCAGGUUGAACAGUAGUCCAGCUCCUCUGUGGUGUCUAUGUUCUAGUCCAGUUUGAACAGUAGUCCAGCUCCUCUGUGGUGUCUAUUCUAUCCAGGUUGAACAGUAGUCCAGCUCCUCUGUGGUGUCUAUUUCUAGUCCAGUUGAACAGUAGUCCAGCUCCUCUGUGGUGUCUAUUUCUAGUCCAGGUUGAACAGUAGUCCAGCUCCUCUGUGGUGUCUAUUUCUAGUCCAGGUUGAACAGUAGUCCAGCUCCUCUGUGGUGUCUAUGUCUAGUCCAGGUUGAACAGUAGUCCAGCUCCUCUGUGGUGUCUAUGUCUAGUCCAGGUUGAACAGUAGUCCAGCUCCUCUGUGGUGUCUAUUUCUAGUCCAGGUUGAACAGUAGUCCAGCUCCUCUGUGGUGUCUAUGUCUAGUCCAGGUUGAACAGUAGUCAAGCUCCUCUGUGGUAUCUUUUUCUAGUCCAGGUUGAACAGUAGUCCAGCUCCUCUGUGGUGUCUAUAUCUAAUCCAGGUUGAACAGUACUCCAGCUCCUCUGUGGUGUCUAUUUCUAGUCCAGGUUGAACAGUAGUCCAGCUCCUCUGUGGUGUCUAUGUCUAAUCCAGGUUGAACAGUAGUCCAGCUCCUAUGUGGUGUCUAUGUCUAGUCCAGGAUGAACAGUAGUCCAGCUCCUCUGUGGUGUCUAUGUCUAGUCCAGGUUGAACAGUAGUCCAGCUCAUCUGUGGUGUCUAUGUCUAGUCCAGGUUGAACAGUAGUCCAGCUCCUCUGUGGUGUCUAUUUCUAGUCCAGGUUGAACAGUAGUCAAGCUCCUCUGUGGUGUCUAUUCCUAGUCCAGGUUGAACAGUAGUCCAGCUCCUCUGUGGUGUAUAUUUCUAGUCCAGGUUGAACAGUAGUCCAGCUCCUCUGUGGUGUCUAUUUCUAGUCCAGGUUGAACAGUAAUCCAGCUCCUCUGUGGUGUCUAUGUCUAGUCCAGGUUGAACAGUAGUCCAGCUCCUCUGUGGUGUCUAUUUCUAGUCCAGGUUGAACAGUAGUCAAGCUCCUCUGUGGUGUCUAUUUCUAGUCCAGGUUGAACAGUAGUCCAGCUCCUCUGUGGUGUCUAUUUCUAGUCCAGGUUGAACAGUAGUCCAGCUCCUCUGUGGUGUCUAUGUCUAGUCCAGGUUGAACAGUAGUCCAGCUCCUCUGUGGUGUCUAUUUCUAGUCCAGGUUGAACAGUAGUCCAGCUCCUCUGUGGUGUCUAUUUCUAGUCCAGGUUGAACAGUAAUCCAGCUCGUCUGUGGUGUCUAUUUCUAGUCCAGGAUGAACAGUAGUCCAGCUCGUCUGUGGUGUCUAUUUCUAGUCCAGGUUGAACAGUAGUCCAGCUCCUCUGUGGUGUCUAUUUCUAGUCCAGGUUGAACAGUAGUCCAGCUCGUCUGUGGUGUCUAUUUCUAGUCCAGGUUGAACAGUAGUCCAGCUCCUCUGUGGUGUCUAUGUCUAAUCCAGGUUGAAUAGUAGUCCAGCUCCUCUGUGGUGUCUAUUUCUAGUCCAGGUUGAACAGUAGUCCAGCUCCUCUGUGGUGUCUAUGUCUAGUCCAGGUUGAACAGUAGUCCAGCUCCUCUGUGGUGUCUAUUUCUAGUCCAGGUUGAACAGUAGUCAAGCUCCUCUGUGGUGUCUAUGUCUAGUCCAGGUUGAACAGUAGUCCAGCUCCUCUGUGGUGUCUAUUUCUAGUCCAGGUUGAGUAGAAAACAAUCCCAGCACACUGGUGAUCUUCAUGCUCUGCUAAUCUAAUGGAUCUUAACCGAGAACAGGGAGGCAUAGUUGAGAUGAAAGGAGAGAUUCCAGUAGUUUUAGAUGACAGAUGAGUUUCCAGCAGUUAUAGAUGACAGAUGAGUUUCCAGUAGUUGUGAGCUCCUCCGUGAUUGUAAUCUUCACCCAGGUUGAGUAGAAAGGUAAUCUGAUGAUCUUGAUGCUCCACAAAUCUAACUGAUGUUAUUUAACUAACGUAUCUACCAGGUGGAGUGCCAGGGCACGGGCCUCCCAGCGCGCCAGCCCGACUCGGACGGCCCUGUGUUCGGCCAGCUGGACUGUACCCCUGCUGGGCUGUCAGAGCAGAGGCAGCGGGCGGAGAAGGUCUACCAGGAACAGCUGACCACGGCUAAUAACAAGAGAAAAGAGCAGCUCCUUAACCGCUGCACCAAACAGAAGAACGAGAGAGAGAUGCUCAACAGGAACAGGAAGGAGUGAGUGGAAGGGGGAAGGCAGGGGGGAGAGAGGUGUGGGGAAAGGGAGAGAGAGGGAGUAAUGGAGAGACGGGGGAGUGGGGAUGGUGAAAUUCUCCACUUGAAAUUCAGAAAGUGAGUGAAUAAAAUGAGAAUGCAGAAAAAAGUGUUAUGUGCAAUGGUUCAAGGUUAAAGGUUAAAGGCCAUUUUAUAUGAGAUGUCUUUUACAUAUGUUCUGUUUCUAUAUUUCCCCUCCCUCUCUCUCCUGGCAGACUGAUAAACGACCAUAUCAACCGCUUUGAGAAGCUGCAUAACCUGCGGGCCUCGCUGGAGGAGACCUGGAGACACAGCGCUGACCUGAAACGCCACCGAGACCGAGAGGAGAAGGAAUUCAUCAGGUAAUGUACUCAAAUCCCAACCUGGGUUAGCCCUAACCCUUCCAUGUUUACAGAUCUGGAAGUGGACACAAUAUUGUGGAAGCUUUCCCACUACACUGUUUAUACCUAUCCAGACCCUUCAGAUACACCACUACACUGUUUAUAUUCCAGACCUCAGAUACACACACAUGUUAUUAUCCGACCUUCAGAUACACCACUACACUGUUUAUAUCUAUCCAGACCCUUCAGAUACACACUACACUGUUUAUAUCUAUCCAGACCCUUCAGAUACACCACUACACUGUUUAUAUCUAUCCAGACCUCAUUCACCAAAGUUUAUCGACCUUUAUCACCACUACACUGUUUAUAUCCAUCCAGACCCUUCAGAUACACCACUACACUGUUUAGACAGACCCUUCAGAUACACCACUACACUGUUUAUAUCUAUCCAGACCCUUCAGAUCACCACUACACUGUUUAUAUCUAUCCAGACCCUUCAGAUACACCACUACACUGUUUAUACAGACCCUUCAUAUCACCACUACACUGUUUAUAUCUCAUCCAGACCCUUCAGAUACACCACUACACUGUUUAUACCUAUCCAGACCCUUCAGAUACACCACUACACUGUUUAUAUCUAUCCAGACCCUUCAGAUACACCACUACACUGUUUAUACUAUCCAGACCCUUCAGAUUCACCACUACACUGUUUAUACCUAUCCAGACCCUUCAGAUACACCACUACACUGUUUAUACUAUCCAGACCCUUCAGAUACACCACUACACUGUUUAGAUCCAGACCCUUCAGAUAUACCACUACACUGUUUAUACCUAUCCAGACCCUUCAGAUACACCACUACACUGUUUAUAUCUAUCCAGACCCUUCAGAUCACCACUACACUGUUUAUAUCUAUCCAGAGCCUUCAGAUCACCACUACACUGUUUAUAUCUAUCCAGACCUUCAGAUACACCACUACACUGUUUAUAUCUAUCAGACCCUUCAGAUACACCACUACACUGUUUAUAUCUAUCCAGACCCUUCAGAUACACCACUACACUGUUUAUAUCUAUCCAGACCCUUCAGAUAUACCACUACACUGUUUAUAUCUAUCCAGACCCUUCAGAUACACCACUACACUGUUUAUAUCUAUCCAGACCCUUCAGAUACACCACUACACUGUUUAUAUCUAUCAGACCCUUCAGAUAUACAUACAUGUUUAUAUCUAUCCAGACCCUUCAGAUAUACCACUACACUGUUUAUAUCUAUCCAGACCUUCAGUAUCAACCACUACAUUUUUAUACCUAUCCAGGACCCUUCAGUUUACCCACUACACUUAUAUUCCAACAGACCCUCAGAAUACCACUACACUGUUUAAGACAGACCCUUCAAAACACCACACGAACACUCAAUUUACCCUAAGUUUACAGACCCUUUCAGAUCACCACUACACUGAUAUACUAUCCAGACCUUCAAACACCACUACCUGGUUAUAUCUAUCCGACCCUUUAGAUAUACCACUCACUGUUUUAUCUAUCCAGACCCUUCAGAUACCACUCAGGUUAUACCAUCCGCUUGACCCCUCAGGGUUUAACAUUGACCCUUCAGUCACAGCAUCUGGUUUAUGCUUCCAGACCUCAAUAUACAACCCCGUUAUAUCUUCGACCCGAUACCACUCCUGGUUAUAUCUAUCCAGAUUCUUACGUGUACACUGUUUGAGAGAACCCUUCACAUCGCAUCGGGGUUGGGUCAGAGGGAAGGAAAAUAUGAUUUGGGACUCUGUGAUCAUCAUAUAUCACAUUCGAGUAUCCUGACUUAUUUUUCCUUUUGUAGUUACAGCUUAUCUAAAGGAUUAAUUGUUCCCUCAAAACCAAAUCCCAUAAGAAACAAAAGCAGUUUUUUUGAAUUUUUUGCAACUUUCUUUAAAAAAAACCCAGAACUAUCACAUUUACAUAAGUAUUCAGACCCUUUACUCAGUACUUUGUUGCAGCAAUUUUGGCAGCGAUUACAGCCACGAGUCUUCUUGGGUAUGACACUACAAGCUUGGCACACCUGUAUUUGGGAGUUUCUCCCAUUCUUCUCUGCAGAUCCUCUCAAGCUCUGUCAGGUUGGAUGGGGAGCAUCGCUGGACAGCUAUUUUCAGGUCUCUCCAGAGAUGUUUGAUCGGGUUCAAGUCCAGGCUCUGGCUGGGCCACUCAAGGACAUUCAGAGACUUGUCCCGAAGCCACUCCUGCGUUGUCUUGGCUGUGUGCUUAGGGUCGUUGUCCUGUUGGAAGGUGAACCUUCACCCCAGUCGGAGGUCCUGUGCGCUCUGGAGCAGGUUUUUAUCAAGGAUCUCUCUGUACUUUGCUCUGUUCAUCUUUCCCUCGAUCCUGACUAGUCUCCCAGUCCCUCCUGCUGAAAAACAUCCCCACAGCAUGAUGCUGCCACCACCAUGCUUCACAGUAGGGAUGGUGCCAGGGUUCCUCCAGAUGUGACGCUUGGCAUUCAGGCCAAAGAGUUCAAUCUUGGUUUUCAUCAGACCAGAGAAUCUUGUUUCUCAUGGUCUGAGAGUCCUUUCGGUGACUUUGGGCAAACUCCAAGCGGGCUGUCAUGUGCCUUUUACUGAGGAGUGGCUUCCGUCCUUCUGGAAGGGUCUCCCAUCUCCACAUUGGAACUCUGGAGCUCUGUCAGAGUGACCAUCGGGUUCUUGGUCACCUCCCUGACCAAGGCCCUUCUCCCCCGAUUGCUGAGUUUGGCCGGGAAGCCAGCUCUAGGAAGAGUCUUGGUGGUUCCAAACUUCUUCCAUUUAAGAAUGAUGGAGGCCACUGUGUUCUUGGGGACCUUCAAUGCUGCAGACAUUUUUUGGUCGCCUCCCCAGAUCUGUGCCUCAACACAAUCCUGUCUCGGAGCUCUCAACUGUGGGACCUUAUAUAGACAGGUGUGUGCCUUUCCAAAUCAUGUCCAAUCAAUUGAACACAGGUGGACUCCAAUCAAGUUGUAGAAACAUCUCAAGGAUGAUCAAUGGAAACAGGAUGCACCUGAGUUCAAUUUCAAGUCUCAUAGCAAGGGGUCUGAAUGCUUCUGUAAGUAAGGUAUUUCAGUUUUUUGCUAAAAUUUCUAAAAACCUGUUUUCACUUUGUCAUUAUGGGGUAUUGUGUGUAGAUUGAUGAGGGAAAAAAAUUAUUUAAUCCAUUUUAGAAUAAGGCUGUAACGUAACAAAAUUUGGAAAAAGUCAAGGGGUCUGAAUACUUUCCGAAUGCACUGUAGUUGACAUCUGCUGUCUGUACCACCACAUUCUGAUGUUGAUCUCUAAUGUCUCUGUCAGGUCUGGGAGCAGUCUGCUGAUUGACCAGUGUGAGCAGUACCGCCGCUGUUACCAGUGCAAGAGGAAGACAGAGAACUGUGGAGAGACAAACAUCUGGAAAGAGUCUCACUACAUGCCUGGCUCUCGCCUCAUGGUG